AUGAAAUAUUUCUACAAAUUGGCCAUAGUUUUAUCCUAUAUUCAUACAUAUUUCAUGCAAUACAGAUGUGUGAGAAAAGUAGUUUUAGCUGAAAAUGAACCUGAGUGUGGUGUAAAAUCAGGAGACAGGAAAGGCUCAUGUGAUGAUACUAUUAUAGAAGUUAUAAAACUUUUUUCUUUUGACACUUUGGAGGAAGAAGCAGACGAACAGAAAAAAUCUGAAAAAGAGUGUGCAGUUGGAGAGGAGGAGGAAAUUGAAUCUGGAGAAGCAUGCCCAAGAAGAAGCAGAUCAUUUUCAAGGCCAGCAUAUGAUGAAUUAGAAGAUAAUAAAAAAUACAAGGGGAAAUAUGAAGAAGAAGUACAGUUGGAACAUGUACAAGAAAAGGAAACAAGUUCAAGUGAAUCACCAUCAAAAGACGAACCAGAGCAAACGCCGAAAAAUACGAAUGACCCGGAGAUACAUGAGUUUAGACAUGUACUAAUGGAAUGUAGUAAAAUACCUUAUGAAAUUAAUGAGGAAGUAAUAGAGGGAUAUUUGAAGGCAAGGAUACACGGACCAGAAGAAAUUUCUCAAUUGCAUAAUGAGUAUCCGUUAUAUUUGUCGAAAGGUAUUGACUUUGACAAUAUUCGUAUGCCUUUUGGAGUAGUACAGGAAAACUUUGAACAGAAAAGUGAAACGGAAUUAUUCGAAAUGUUACAUUUUGAUGAUUUCAUGAAUAUUCAAUUAUUUGAUUUUUUAAAUACUACAAUGAUCGGUAAUUUAUCUUUGGCAAGAAUUAAUUCUUUAUAUAUCCAACAACGCAUUAAAUAUCUACCAUGCUAUAGUUAUCUGUUGGAGUAUCUUGGUAAAACAAACACAUGUUUUAACAUAUACCGUUUUUUUAACAAUAAUAUGGGAACAUAUUUAUCUGAGGAAAAAAGUGACAUUUGCAAUUUUAAUGAUGCAAAAAUAAGGAUUAUACAAGAAAAAAAUAUGAAAAAUAGUAAUGCAGUUGAAAGAUUAAAAGAGAUACGUAAAACUAGGCAUUUGACUAAUAGCGAACGUGAGAUCGUGGGAGAUAUGAUUUUUUACCAAGUUAAGAAUAUAUCGUGUGUAAAAAAUAUAUUAUCUUUCUUUGCUCGAAAACGUACUAAAAUUAGGAAAGAUGCAUUGCUUAUUUCACAACAUUUCCCUUUACCUAAACACUAUAUAUAUAGGGAUGAUAUUCUUUUGACAUCCUUACAUUAUACUCUCAGUUAUGCUAUUGUAACACUUAGGCCAUUGAUGAUUAAAGUUGUUGAAAAAGAACUAAUAGAACGUAGUGAGUUUUAUUUUACUUCAGCUUUAAUAAACAACUUAUUAGUUGUACUAGAGUUUAUAGAGCAUAAUUCACAAUUGUGUCAACAAUUCUUUAAGACAUAUAAUGAUCUCAGUGGUUUUUGCCCACGUGUGCAAUCAAUUGAAGAUAUAAUAAUCACCUAUAAUUAUUUAAUGAUGAGGCGUCAAAUAUGUAGUAUAAUGUAUAAUAUAUGUAAAUUACAUUUAAAAUUUCAAUAUUGCGAAUAUCAGAUAACUAAUUACGAGGAUAAUAUUUUUGGGGAUUAUGUUAGUUUAAUCGCUUCAUUAGAACAUACAUUAAAUGAUGCAAAAAAUUUGCUUUAA